AUGUGGGGUCACGCUAUGCCAAUCAGAUCGCUGUGUUUCUCCCCCGACUCGGAACUCCUGGUGACGGGAUCUGACGACAACCAGAUCAAAAUAUAUGAUGUCCAGCAUGCAAACCUAGCAGGAACACUAUCAGGCCAUGGAUCCUGGGUGUUGAGUGUUGACUUCUGUCCAGACAACACCCACUUUGUCUCAAGUUCAUCAGAUAAGACGGUAAAGAUCUGGAACGCUGGAUCCCGGCAGUGCGUACACACAUUCUACGACCAUACAGACCAGGUGUGGGGAGCCAGGUACAAUCACGACGGAUCAAAGAGCGUGUCAGUGUCUGAUGACAAAGCUAUACAUGUGUAUGACUCUCCUCUAAUGUCAGGCUGA